CCAGCAUGGCGCGGCCGCGCGCGUGUCUGCAACUGGAAAAAGACUUCGUGCUCGACUGUGUGGCCGUGGGCUCCGUGGCUCGCGCCUAUGGCAGUGUGCGGCCCAAGCUGUGGUCAGCGAUCCCACCCUACAACGCGCAGCAGGACCCGCACGCCUGCCGCUACUUCCGCAGCCGCCCGGUGCUACCCGUGCUGCGCAGGACUGACCAGGAUCACUGUGGUACAAGUCGGGAUGGCUGGAUAGUAGACUAUUUCCACAUUUUUGGGCAGGGACAGCGAUACCUCAACAGGAGAAACUGGGCAGGGGCAGGGCAUUCCCUCCAGCAGGUCACUGGCCAUGACUACUACAAUGCCCAUCUGAAGCUGGGCCCGGGCCCCAACGGCCGGUUUGGCUACCGCAGGAACACUCCGGCCCUGCGCCAGCGGCCCUCGGUGUUCGGAGAGGUCACACCAUUUCCUCUCUACUGACGGCAGCACUGCCCUUCAUAGCUCCUCAGCCCUGC